AUGAGAGGGGAACGUAUCAAACUUCACGAGAAUGUACCUGAUCACGGACUGUUGAAAAAAUGGUUCACUAUGAAAGUUGAUUUACUGGUCCAGGACUAUCUGAUGACCGAAAGAGGAAAUGAUAAAGAAGUCUUGGUUCUUUUUACCAAACAUUCCCAUCAUUGCAUCAUAACUGUCACGUACUAUUUCCAAAACAAGAGCGAGUGUUUCAUCGGGGUAUCCAAACACCGAGAAACAAAUGAAAUGGCCGUGUGCUUUUAUUGUUUCGAGGUAUUUGGAUAUCCCCGAUGAAACACGAAGCACGAGUUUUGGAAAUACCUUCUCAUGAUCACUCUUAAAGAAAUAAUAAACAACGACUUCCAAUUAGAAUUGUUUGCUGUCUAACAUUCCUUCAUCGAUAAUUUAAAUAUCAAUGAUGUUUUCUACUGGCGCAAUUAAUUUGUAUUUAUGGUGUGAUUAAAUUUAUUCUGAAAAGUUGCUGGAGCUGCCAGUAUUUAAAAGUUGUCGUUCAGUAAGGAUGUAUACCGUAACAAAGUCGUUCGAGAGAUUUCAGCAGCCGAAAAGUGUGGAGGAUGAGGAAAAAAGUGUUUAUAAUGCAGUACCAAAAGCAACAGCUUAUAAAACCAAAUGGUUGUUUGAGGUUUUCGAGAAAUGGAAACAGAAUCGAUUAGUGAAGUCCUGUACUUUAGAACCCGGCGGCCUUUUUACCACAAGGAAUAAGGAGUACAAACUUUGGACACGGCCAUUAUAG